AUGGAUCCGAUCGUGGAAGUGGUGGCUCUGAUUCUGGGCUUUCUGAGCUGGAUUUUGGUCGGGGUUACGCUGCCGAACCGGUACUGGAGGACCUCCACGGUGGACGGGAACGUCAUCACCACCUCCACCAUCUACGAGAACCUGUGGAUGUCUUGCGCCACGGACUCGACCGGGGUCCACAACUGCAGGGAGUUCCCAUCACUCCUCGCUCUGAGCGGCUACAUCCAGGCCUCCCGUGCCCUGAUGAUCACGUCCAUCGUGCUGGGCACCUUCGGACUGAUGGGUGCCCUGAUAGGAGUGCAGUGCUCCAAGGCCGGGGGGGAGAACUAUGUUCUCAAAGGGAGGAUCGCAGGCACCGCAGGAAUCUUUUUUAUCCUCCAAGGUCUGUGCACGAUGGUCUCGGUGUCCUGGUACGCCUUCAACAUCACUCAGGAUUUCUUUGACCCGUUCUAUCCUGGCAUCAGGUAUGAAAUCGGAGAAGGGCUGUACAUCGGCUGGUGCUCGGCGGUGCUCGCCAUCGCCGGAGGAGCCUGUCUCAGCUGCUCCUGCAGAAUGGGCAACCAGGAAAAAUACCCGUUGGCCUACGACGCCAGAGGAACAGCUUAUUCUGCAGCUGCGCCCGCCAGAAGCGUGGGGGCCAGCACUUAUGGACGAAACGCUUACGUCUGA